CCCCCGUCAGUCUCGGUCUCGGCCUCGGUCUCGCAAUCCCCUCGACACAAUGUUCUGCUUCCGGAGCAGGGCUCUCCCCGCCGCUAUUCGGGCAUACGCGGCCCCGACGGCCAGACUCUCAUCCGCGCCCAUCACACCCAUCGCAACCUCCCUAUCAACGCCCCUCCGAACCCUCUCCUCCACGACUCUCUCCUCCCUCCGUCAACACAUCCCCUCGCAAACCCUCUCCUCUUCCUCCACCACCUUCUCCUCCCUCCGCCCCCUCCUCACGACCAGCCCCUUCACAGCGCAACAGACCCGCUCUUUCUCCGCCAGUGCCUCCCUGGGCGGAAAGCGCAACACCUACAACCCCUCGCGGCGGGUGCAGAAGCGCCGUCAUGGAUUCCUGUCCCGGUUGCGCACACGAGGAGGACGCAAUAUUCUGAUGCGGAGAAGACAGAAGGGCCGGAAGAACCUCAGCUGGUAGAAUUGCCCCGGAGCGUUUGGUUUGGGUCUCGUUUGUUUGGGUUUCCUUGUUGUGUCUGUUUACUUUCACUUUCGCAUGUGCUGUGGACCAUGAAUUUUCUGCUGUGAUUGGGAUAGGAUAGCUUUGGGUUUGAGGGGGUACCUGCCUACUAUCUAGGAGGGGGGUGUGGGUUGGGGUUUGCGGGGGAUUUCGUCGAUGAUCGAUUGGGCUUCGGAUUUGCCUGGUUGGGGGUGUGGGUGGUGGUGCAGGUGCAGGUGCAGGUGCAGGUGCUUUUGUUGUAUGUGAGGUGAGGUCAAAUGAUACACACACUCUCUCUCACUGCUACCCUUUGAGUCACCUUUUGAUAGGACUCUGUCCUAAGUGUACCAUAUACAUACAUACAUAGAUAUCAUGCGGUUGUUAUGCGGUCGGGGUCCAUUUAUCUGUGUUUCUUCCAGGGCUACUACAGAUAGUCUGCCAAUUUAUUUAUAGCGAUG